AGACAGUUUUGUAACAGUGUUGCGCUUGCUUCUUUGGGCUUAGCUUUUCUUGGCUUCUUUCUGAGGUUGUUUGUGUUUACACUCCGCCUCAUUUCCCCCUCACAACCGGGUUCCUGUCCAGAAGAAGCCGGGAAUCCAAUGUCUUCGCUCUGGCUUCCCCGCCUCCAAACCCCACCCCAUCCCACCUCCAAAUGGGCCAGCGAACAGGUUUCCUCUGCCAGCCACUCGCUAGCGCCCCUCUGCCCCUCCCAGGAGGGGCGGGUACCUUUAUAUGCAGGUGGUCCGAGUGGUCUUCUGGCACGAGGAAGGCGCUCGCUCCUGAGGAGACGCUGCUGUCUGCGAAGGCAAGAGGAGGGCUGAGCCGGGUACCCGCGAGUGCCGCCCCGCGCCGCGAGCCAAGAGCCCAGAGAGCCCCGCCCCGGCUCCCUGCCUUCCCUCGGGAGCCCCGCAGAAGUGAGCUACGGACUACAGGAAGAUGGCACGCUUCUCUUCCAGUGUGAUUUUGAUCAUGGCCUUUUGCACAGCUUUUGAACUGGGAUUAGUUGCUGGGUUCGCCCACAAACUUACAGAUCCAUCUCAGGGAGACGUGGCCUUCAGAAAUGACAGCAUUCGGUCCGAGCAGGAGCCUGCAGUUCGUCUUCGGUCUUCCUUGUUCGUGCCACCCAUCAGAAUAAAGCCCAAGAAUGAGCUAAACAGAACCUGCUGUCUGAAUGGGGGAACCUGCAUGCUGGGGGCCUUCUGUGCCUGCCUCCCCUUUUUCUAUGGCCGGAACUGCCAGUAUGAUUCACGCAAAGAGAACUGUGGGACUAUACCCCAUGACACCUGGCUGCCCGAGAAGUGCGCCAUCUGCAGAUGCUGGCGCGGUGACAUCCACUGCCUUCCUCAGCCGUUUCUACCUGGAUGUGACGACAAUGCGACGACGACGGUUCAGCCCCUUGAUGCUUCCGGGACUCCAGAAAUACCACUGUCUGCAUGGAUCACUUUUAUGUUAGCUGGCGUCUGCCUUUCUCUACAAAGUUACUAUUAAUUGACAUUUGACUUUUUCUGGAAGUACAAGUUCAGAUACCAUGCAAAUUUCAUGACCAGUAAAGACUGCUGUUCCAAUGUCCUAACUGAAAGAUGAUCAUUUGUUAGUUGCCUUAAAAUAAUGAAUACAUUUCUAUAAUGGUACCUAACACUUCCGAAAGUGCCAGCUACUUCUUACCUCUCCCCAGAAAUUUUUUUUUCCAGAAAAAGUCAGCUAUCUCUACAUUGUGCCCAAGUCCUAUGUUUCUUGAUAUAUUUAACUCUAGCAAGGCCUUCUUAUUAAUAUUUUCUUUUAAACAAUUGAAUUCUUCACCAUCAAAUUGGUUUCACUGAUCAUCACCUAAGAGCACAUUUAGGAAUAACAUUGAUCGGGUGUGGGGCAGAUGUGGGUGGUGGAGGGGACGGGUGUACACAUCCAUAAUGAGUGUGAUGCGCACUGUCUAGGGGAUGGACACCUUUGAAGCUCUGACUCGGGGUGGGGGGUGGGCAAGG